GAAAGGACUGUGACGGGUUUUUUUUUGUCCUUCUCCAGUCUAAGCCAACCCCACUCUGGCACUCCACCGAAUUUAAAGGCCCUCGUGUGUGUAGGAUUUUUGCUUCUCUUCCUCCUCUUCCCUGUUUUAUUGAGUUUUGAGUUGUUCAAGUUUGUGUUUCCAUUUUCGUUCACAAAAUUUUAUCCACAACACACAAAGAAACCCGCGCCCCAUUUCCUUUUCUCCUUUUGUCCUUGUCUUCUUCUUCUUCCUCUUUUUUCCUUUUAUUUUCUUUUUUAUUUCAAACCUACAAAAGCCAGCCAACCAACUAAACAUCUCUCUCUCUCUCUCUCUGACGCUCUCAGAUUAAACAAAUCACAAAAACAGCUUCCUCUAUAUAUUCUCUUUCUCUACAGUACUGACGCACCGGCAGGACCCCUCUCCCUCGCCGGAAUUCCCCUCCUUUUUCUCAUUUUCCGGCUCCAAGCUCUGUUUUUUUUUUUUUUUAUAAAAAAAAAAACCAGCUCUUUCGUUAUUUUUUGAAGAAAAAAGGUUAGGUAGAAGCAACCCAGAAAAAACAAAGAAGAGAAUUUUGGAUUUUUGUUUUGAUAUUCUCUCUCUAGUUUUGUGGCGAGUGAUAACUUGCAAUGCUGCAAAAGGAGAAGGCGGUUCAGAUGCAGAUAUGCUGAGAUCCAUUGCUGUGUCAUAAGUUUCAAUUUAUUUUUUUGAUCUUUCUCUGAGUCUUCUGAAUUAUUGAGCUGAAUUUUGGACGUGGUGGUCAAUUAUGCUGAUGAGCCUUCUCUUGUACUAGGCAAGGAGCCAUGUAACAUAGACAGAUUCAGCAAGUGAGAAAAUUUGAGCUCUUACAUUUUUUGUUUUUGUUUGGUAAUCUUUUUCUGGUUUCUGAGUGCUGCACGAUGCCAUUUGAAAUAAUGGAUCAAAGGGGUGUAUCUGUCUCUUCCCACUUCUUUGAUGAAAUUCCUUUUCCUUCUGAGAGACAAGUUGGAUUUCAGAAGCUGAAAACCAUGCCUGAUUACCAAGUGGGAGUGGAUGGAACGGUAGCCACACCUGGCAGCAUGUUCAGUCAUUCUUUACCCUCAAGAAAGCUUUUACCAAUUGGGGCACAAUCAGCAGAUUACUUGGAUAUGCCACAAUCCAAGCUGGCUGGGGAACAAACAGAAAGGCUAAGCAUUGGUGGAGUUGCCAACAUCUCCAAGGCCUCGUGGAAACCUAUGGAUCACCAACCAAAAUUGUGGUCAGACUUGUCCACAAAGCCAACACCUUAUAGCUCGGCUGGCAGCAAAACUGUUCUUCAUGGCGCCGAGCAUGAAAGUAGUCUGUUCUCAAGUUCUUUGUCUGAAAUUUUUAGUAAAAAGUUGAGAUUACUAAAGAAUGAUUUAAUACCUCAUCAAGCUGCUAAUAAUGUUGCUUCCCAACAUGAGGAAGAACCCUUUGAAUCUCUUGAAGAAAUUGAGGCACAAACAAUUGGGAAUCUCCUUCCUGAUGAAAAUGACUUGUUUUCCGGCGUGAUAGAUGGGCUGGGUUAUAAUACUCAUGCUAUUAUUGGUGAUGGAUUUGAAGAUUUUGAUCUCUUUAGCAGUGGUGGUGGCAUGGAACUAGAAGGAGAAAUCUGCGCAGGACUCUGUGAUUCUGAUUUUAGUGGGGGAGUUUCCAAUGGUCUAGGGGGUUGUAAUGGCUCAAUUGUGGGUGAACACCCUAAUGGUGAACACCCUUCUAGAACACUUUUUGUCCGGAAUAUUAAUAGCAAUGUUGAAGAUUUGGAGUUGAAGUCUCUUUUUGAGCGAUUUGGAGAUAUCCGGGCACUUUACACAGCCUGCAAACAUCGUGGGUUUGUUAUGAUUUCUUAUUACGAUAUAAGGGCAGCCCAAAAUGCACUAAGAGCACUUCAAAGUAAGCCACUGAGGCGUAGGAAGCUUGACAUACAUUAUUCAAUACCUAAGGACAAUCCUUCUGAUAAAGAUAUUAACCAAGGAACGCUGGUGUUAUUCAACCUUGAUUCUUCUGUUUCUAAUGAUGAGCUUUCUAAAACUUUUGGAUCUUACGGAGAAAUUAAAGAAAUCCGUGAGACUCCACACAAGCCUCAUAACAAGUUCAUAGAAUUUUAUGAUGUUAGAGCUGCGGAAGCUGCUCUUCAUGCGUUGAAUAGGAGUGAGAUUGGUGGGAAGCAGAUCAAGCUUGAACCAAGCCGUCCAGGGGGUGUAAGGAGGGGUUUGGUUCAAGUUUCUGAGCAGGAGCAAGAUGAAUAUAAAUUUGGUCAUAGCCCAAGUGAAUCUUUAUCAACAGGAUGCAAGGUGAUGCUUCGUCCCGGAAUGGUUGAAUCAAGCUCCAUGGUUAAUGGAUCUAUCCUGGGCUUACAUUCUGCAGUCCGAUCGCCUGUGAGCGCAUUUAUUGAAAAUGCUUUACUUCAUCAGAGUUCAAGUGUUCCAGAUACUUUGCCCUCUCCGGCGACUGUUGCGUCUGCAGGGAGAAAAUUUAGCCUUUGUGAGCCUGAUCACUCUCUGGAUGACAUGAAGUUUGGUAACCAGUGCAUUCCCAGUUUACAUCCUCAUUCCUUGCCUGAGUAUCAUGACAUAGCCCAUGGUAUUCCGUGCAACUCUUCUGGUGCUAUUGCAAACAUGACUGGCAAUGUGGGCCUUAGAAUGUCAGAAGGAACAGACAGAAGGCCCACUUGUGGGGUCAAUGCAAAUGGUCACCUAAUGGAACUGAAUGGAGGAGCUUUUGGAUCUCCUGGAAAUGGGAGCUGCCCUGUUCAUGCACAUCCUUAUUUGUGGAAUAACUCCAACUCAUACCAGAAGCAUCCUUCAAGUCCCAUGAUGUGGCAGAAUUCACCAUCAUUUAUCAAUGGUCCUAAUGCACAUCGCUUUCCACAAAUGCCUGGAUUCCACAGAACACCGCCUCAUAUGCUGAACAGUACAUCACCUGUGCAGCACCAUGUAGGAUCAGCUCCGGCUGUUAACCCUUCCCUUUGGGAAAGGCACGCCUAUUCAGGGGAGUCUCCUGACACUUCUAGUCUUCACUUGGGUUCUCUUGGCAUUGCACAUUUUCCCAGCAGUCCCCAGAUGCAUCCUAUGGAAAUUCCUUCACACAACAUAUUUUCUCUUGUUGGAGGAAAUUUCUUGGAUAUGACUACAAGUGCCCGGCAACGCUCUUCACAGGAGAUCUGCCACAUGUUUCCUGGAAGGAAUUCGAUGAGUUCAAUGCCUACCUCUUUUGAUUCUCCGAACGAACGUGUUAGACAUCUGUCUCACCGAAGAAAUGAAGCAAAUUCUAACAUUGCUGAUAAGAAACAAUAUGAGCUUGAUAUUGAACGUAUAUUGCGCGGGGAAGACAGAAGAACCACGUUGAUGAUAAAGAACAUUCCCAACAAGUAUACUUCAAAGAUGCUUCUUGCUGCAAUUGAUGAGCAGUGUCGAGGAAUUUAUGACUUUCUUUAUUUGCCAAUUGACUUCAAGAACAAAUGCAAUGUGGGAUAUGCAUUCAUCAACAUGGUUGAUCCUCAUCAGAUUGUUCCAUUCUUUAAGGCAUUCAAUGGUAAAAAAUGGGAGAAGUUUAACAGUGAAAAGGUGGCAUCACUUGCAUAUGCUCGUAUUCAGGGAAAAUCUGCUCUUAUUGCCCAUUUCCAGAAUUCAAGUUUGAUGAACGAAGACAAACGCUGUCGUCCCAUUCUCUUUCACACAGAGGGUCCAAAUGCUGGGGAUCCAGAACCCUUCCCCAUGGGUACCAACAUCCGAUCAAGACCAGGAAAGCCUCGAACGGCUGGCUAUGAGGAUAACCAUAAUCAAGGGAGUCCUUCUGCAAACGGAGAGGAAAGUUCCAAGGUCCUCGGACUUGGUGGCGGUUUCAAUUCUUCAAAGGAAUCUGAUUGAAAGACUUGGUCUACCCAGGUUACUAACCAAUUGAACCUAAUAUUGGAGGACAACAACUAAAUCCAUUCCAAUUCUCUACAUCAGGGGUGGUCUAUUGACUUCAUUUUUGACUAUAGAGGAGUUGCUUCUAUGAGGUUUUGGGUUACCUAGACCAAGAGAGUUAAUUCACAACAUUUUCUAUUUCUCUGAUGUUUCAUAUUAAGCCAACACAGAGACUGGCUUGACAACCUUAAAAUUUUGGAGUCUUUGUUUGUGAACAAUAUCUCAGUGUAUAGGCACUCACAGAACAUUGUGCUAAGAUUACCUUGUCUCUGUUUUUCCCCUUACCCAUGUGGGCCCUUUUUCUGGUUGGCCAAGGGUAGAGACCCUCAGCACAUUUGAGUGUUCUUCCAGUUGCAAAUUUUGAGAUGCUAAUAUGAAUUGGAUGCUAAUGCUCUCA